AGAAUGAGAAGCGAGAACCAAAGCAGCGUGUCUGAAUUCUUCCUCCUGGGGCUCCCAAUCCGGCCAGAGGAGCAGAGUGUGUUCCUUGCCCUGUUCCUGGGCAUGUACCUGACCACAGUGCUGGGGAACCUGCUCAUAAUCCUGCUGAUCAGGCUGGAUUCUCACCUCCACACUCCCAUGUACUUCUUCGUCAGCCACUUGGCCCUCUCUGAUGUCUCUUUCUCAUCUGUCACUGUCCCAAAGAUGCUCAUGAACAUGCAGACUCAGCAGUUAUUCAUCUCCUAUGUGGGGUGUGUUUCCCAGAUGUAUUUUUUCAUACUUUUUGUUUGUCUUGACAAUUUCCUUCUUGCAGUCAUGGCAUAUGACAGGUAUGUGGCCGUCUGUCACCCACUCCACUACACUGCUGUCAUGAGGAAGGAGCUGUGUGUCUUAUUGGUGGCUGGAUCCUGGUUCUUAUCUUGUGCCCAUGCCCUGUUGCAUACAGUCCUUUUCUCUCACCUGUCCUUCUGUGCCGACAAUACCAUUCCCCACUUCUUCUGUGAUCUCACUGUGCUCUUGAAGUUGACCUGCUCAGACACCUCCCUCAAUGAGCUAGUUAUCUUCAUUGAGGGGGGAGUGUUUGCCUUCUUAUCAUUCACUACUAUUUUGGGCUCUUAUAUCUGCAUUGGGGUCACCAUCCUGAGGGUUCCCUCCAUCAAAAGGAUCUGUAAAGCCUUGUCUACCUGUGGAUCCCACCUGUUUGUGGUGUUUUUGUACUAUGGGACUCUUGCAAUGAUUUACUUCUUUCCUUCAUCAAACAGUUCCAAAGUCAAAGACAUAAUUGCUUCAGUUAUGUAUACGGUGGUGACACCCAUGUUAAACCCCUUUAUCUAUAGCCUGAGGAACAGAGACAUGAAAUUGGCUCUGGGGGUACUUUAUAGGAGGGGAAUUAUUUUUGCCACGUAA